UUCUUUUCACACAGUUUCGGUUCUUCGGUAUCAUCGGGGUUAUUUAACGGCUGUUCGAAUCGAUGGCACGAAGAGAACGAUGCAGCGGUUGUGGGAGUAACAUGUUGGUUUCACCCGAGGCACGAGUCGUUCGUUGUUCCCAGUGCCACACCCUUACCAACCUUGUCCCAAUCAAUGCUCGACCAGGCCGAACCAGGUAUAAUGGGCUGCCGAGAAUGCAUGAAAACCCAUACGGGAACGGCCCAAGUCCGCAACAUCCACAAUAUCCACAACCGCGACCAUCCUUAUCUCCAGUUCCGAUUUACGGGAGAAAACGAGCACUUCUUUGUGGUGUGAAUUACCAUGGAAAGAGUUAUAAACUCAAAGGAAGUAUCAAUGAUGUCAAGAGUAUGAAGUACCUUCUUGUGGAGACAUUAGGAUUUCCCAAUGAUUCCAUUUUAAUGCUCACAGAAAAUGAAAGGGAGCCUUCAAAGAUCCCGACAAAACAGAAUAUCCGAAAGGCUUUGAAAUGGCUGGUCUAUGGAUGCCAACCGGGGGACUCGUUGGUGUUCCAUUUCUCUGGUCACGGCACUCGACAAAAAGAUUACAACCAUGACGAAGUCGACGGAUUUGAUGAAGCAUUGUGCCCUCUUGAUCACGAAACCGAAGGGAACAUAAUCGACGACGAAAUCAACGACACCAUCGUAAAACCGUUGACUCGAGGAACCACACUGCACGCGAUCAUCGAUGCCUGCUACAGUGGAACAGUCCUCGAUCUCCCUUUCGUUUGCAGGAUGAACAAGGAAGGGCGUUAUGCGUGGGAAGAUCAAAGAAAUCCCUUAUUUAACAAGCGUACAAGUGGAGGAUUAGCCUUUUGUUUUAGUGCUUGUGAUGAUCAUCAAACCUCUGCUGAUACCACUGCUUUCACAGGAACCAAUGUGAGAACCGGCGCGAUGACAUAUAGCUUCGUACAAGCGAUUCAAAAUGAACGGAGGUUGACUUAUGGGCAUUUGCUUAAUGCGAUGCGUUACACGAUUGGUGAUGUUAGCAAAGCUCAUGGAGCAUCACAGGAGCCACAAUUAACUUCAUCAGAUAAAUUUGAUAUCUACUCUAAGCCAGUUGUGCUCUAGUAUUUUUUGUUGCUCAUAAUGAAUUGCGUCCCGUUAUACUCGGAGAUUUCCGUAUCCGUUCUAUAUUCGUGCAAUACUUGUGUUUACAAUAUGUUAAUCCCUGCUCAUGAGAAUGUAUAUUUCAUAAUCAGUUGCUUAUCUCUUCGAAGAGCAUUUGUGAUGAGAAGAUUAAUCACUAUUAUCAAUGAUAGAUACCCUCAUUUCAAUAAAAAAUAAUUUUAGUUAUAUACA